AUGCAGGAGGCAACCAAUCAAGCGAAGCCUACAACCAACCGUCGCCGAGGUCGAAAUGGCGGCGGGAAGGCGGCCGGGCAGAAAAUGUACGCCUCCGAGAACGAUAUGGCAAAUGUGUCGAAUUCUGCCUUUGAUCAGUUCGGUCCACACACUCCUCAGAAGUCCUACUCGGGUUCUCCAGAUCCCCAGUCGGCCGCGGGGGCUCAGACCGGCUCCAAGCAGCGCUCUCGCAACAAGCCUCGAGCGAAGAAUCCCAGUGCCAAUCCUGUAGCAUCGCCAGACACCCGCCAGAACCGUCGGUCAACACCCCAGAGCAUUCCCGUCAGCAACAAGCCAAACACCGCUGCAGCCUUCGCUGGCGCAACCUUCCACGCAUCUCCCGCCCCUUCAGCUCUGCCUAUGCCUAGCUUCUACUCGAAGUCGAUCCCCGAGUCCCCAGGCAAUCCGGGCAUGAGACGAGAAGUUCAGCAGCAACCAUCUCCCCCAGUGACGGAGCAUGAGGCACCGACUCCGCACCAUCCAUCGACUGUGCCUGUGGCCCGAGAGUCUCCUCUUGAUGCUAUCUUUCGAGCAGAUAGGGCUGAAAAGGAGAAGGCACGUCGAGUAAGCUCUCUUCACUCCUCUUCUCGGCCUCAGGGGCCUGUCUCGCCGCCGGCUCCCGCGCUCAGAGACAGUCCCUUCGCCGCGAAACCGUACAAUACCCACCCGGGGCAUCGAAUGCCAUUCGAGCGAUCCUCCAGCGGCAUUUCUUCGGCAGAGCUUGAUGGCUUUCCCGGCAAGCCACUUGGCCCUGCUUUUUCGACUCCCUACCAGGACCGCAUUCGGGCUGCCCGCGCCGGUCCUAGUCAACCUUGUACACCAAAAGCUUCGGAAAACUCACCAUCCGAGGACCGCUCCGAGGCCUUGAAGAAAUACUUGUUUGGAGGCAAGGGUAUGACAGGCUCUCCUCAACCCUCGCCAUCGAUACCUUCAACUCCGCACGCCAGUAAUGGUAUUGUUACACAGGACGAGGAGGCUCGAUCCUCCGAUCUUCGUGUCAUGGAGGACAGUCUUCGUCGAAUCCUCAAACUAGACUCUCCUCUGGCGGCUGCCAAAUCGGGAGAACGUCCUUUGUACUCUUGA